UGUAGAAUAACUUGUAGCCAGGAACCAGGGUUUAUCUCUUUUCAUCUCUCUUCAAAGAAUUAUCUGGAUCACAAAUAUCUUUGAAAAUGCUCAGUUCAUGUCUAAGUCUCCGGUCUUCGAGACUGGCAACGCUGACCCAGCCUAUCUCUCAGCACGCUCUCUCUGUACACAUUCCUUCACAUACAAAGUAUAUCUCUACCACCACAUCAUGUAGAUUAGCAGAUAGUACCGAGGACACAUCUUCGAAGAACCACGAAAAUACAUCGAGAACCAAGGAGCCCCCUGCCAAAUCGAAAUCGAAAAGCAUCGCGCAGGCAGAUCAGGAACUCAGAGAGCGCCUCGAGCAAAUGUCCGGAGACGGUGGUGCUUCCGGGAUUGAGUAUGAGGAUGGCAAGCCCACGGCCAUGAAGCGCAGCGUGCGCAAUAACAUGUUUCGUUAUAUUUAAGGGGAAGGGCUACUGCAGUGGUAAACGAGAUCAUGUUCCGUCAAUCAUGUAUCCUAGACUCAAUUGUAGCAUAUAAUGUCAACAAGAGCAGCGUAAUGGCCGCCGUCG